UCUCAAAGACUUGUCAUUCUCCUUCAAUUUCUUCAUUAAUCCUCAAAUGUCCAUGGAGGUCAACUGCGAUUUCUCCGACAAUUACUUGGUCAUUAGACCAGAUAAAGGAAGCUUGCUUGAUCUCUUUCAUAUUUUGUGUUCAUGCAACAUAGACCAAAAUAACGUCAUUGAAGCCCCUCAGGGGACUUUGAUUCAUGAAUGGCGACGGAGAUGGGCUAUCUUCAUCUCUCUCCUCCUUCAAAGGAUUCUUCUGUUCUGGAGAAAACCAUUGUUUUUUGUUGGUUCGGUAAUUUUGUUCUGGGUGAACCUCUUAUGGGAGAAUGGCGGCUUUUGUUCUCUCGUCUCCAAAGUUUUUAAAGGGCAAAUGGCGUUCCCAGAUGAGAAAUCAGAGAGAUACAGAUCGGCCGUUGGACUCUGCGACACCAGAGAUGAGUUAUGUAAGGAAAUCAGACCAGGUGAUAAAAGAUACCUUGCAGCUCUUUCUAUCAUGGUCGCCAAACUAGCUUAUGAGAAUGAAUCGCAUGUCAGAAAGGUUGUUAAAGAACAUUGGAAGAUGGAGUUCUUGAGUUUCUUCAAUUGUUGGAAUGACUUUCAAGAGCAGUACUGUACACAAGCUUUCAUGAUGUGCGAUAAGUCAGAGGAUGCAGAGUUAAUACUUCUUGGAUUUAGGGGAACUGAUCCAUUUGAUGCAAGCCAAUGGUGCACAGACAUCGACUUCUCAUGGUACGAGAUCCCGAAUGUUGGCAAGGUCCAUGGAGGAUUCAUGAAAGCGUUAGGUUUACAGAGAAAAACCGGCUGGCCUAAAGAGAUAGAUCAGAAGAAUAAGCCACCAUUUGCAUAUUAUGUGAUCAGAGAGAAGCUGAGGGAAGAGUUGAAGAAACACAACCAGGCAAAGUUUAUAGUGACCGGUCAUAGCUUAGGAGGAGCAUUGGCCAUUCUAUUUCCAACUAUACUAAUGUUGCACGGGGAUAGUUGGAUAUUGGAUCGAUUGGAGGGGGUUUAUACAUUUGGGCAGCCGAGAGUAGGAGAUGAGAAGCUUGGAGAGUUUGUGGAGAUGCAUAUUGAUCAACCAAGGAGACGAUACUAUAGGUUUGUGUACUGCAAUGAUAUGGUCCCUAGGGUACCCUAUGAUGACAAGACUCUCUUGUUCAAACACUUUGGAAAGUGCCUGUACUAUAAUAGUAUCUACAGAGGAAAGAUUUUGACUGACGAACCAAAUAAGAAUUACUUCUUGACAUGGACUGUGAUACCGAAGUACCUGAAUGCAGCAUGGGAACUUCUUCGAAGCUUCUGUAUCGGUUUCGUGAAAGGAUCAGAAUAUAGUGAAGGAUGGACAUUGAGGUUCUUGAGAACUGUUGGAUUGAUAAUACCAGGGUUACCACCUCACUCUCCUCAAGAUUAUGUCAAUUCUACAAGAUUGGGGAAUCUUCUCUUAUUAGAUGAGAACCCCAAGUCAGAUUAAUGAAAUUAUUCUACCUGUUGUAUGUUAUGUUAUUUAUUCUAAGUUAUGUGAGAUCUCUAAGUAUGCCCUAUGUAAUCCCUAUUAGAUUAGUUAUUCUGACCUGUCAAUGGUAAAACGAGGAAAUUUUACCGAUUGUUAUGGUUAAGGAUAAACUACAUUCUU